AUGAUGAUGAUGUGCCGUGUGAUGUGUGUGUUGGCCGUUGUGCUGUGCUGCGCCUGCGGGUAUACCAUGGCGGAUCCUACUGUAUCUUCUGCGGCUUCUGCUAAUGUGCGUGAAGAUGUGCGGAGUAUUGGUUGGGGUGGUUGGGGUGAUUUUCUUGCAACAGCAGGCCAUGAUGCGGAUUGCAGGGAUGGGAGUAAUGAAUAUACAAGUACUGGAAUAAAAUGCUCGGACUGGAAAACACACGGGAAUCUCAGUGGUCCACCACCAGCAUCGCCACCACCCGUUACCGAGUCCCCACCAGGUGCUCCUGCACACAAACAGAGUUCAGAAGCUAAUGACCUACAAACAGGAAAGCCACCGGGUGCAUCACAAGAUGAACUCGCUGGUGAUCUGCAACCCGUUGUCCCUGGGGGUUCUAGAGCACAAGAUGGUGAGAGUGCCGAGAUCGCAAAAGGAACAAGUAUGUCGAGAAAAGAAAGACAAGAAGAAGAGUCAACUGCAGUUAAACGAAGUAACGAUGAAGCGUCAAAUAAACCAGCUAAUAACAGCACACCUCAGGAGUCUGCUGCAGCGCCACAAAGUAACAAUGAAGGGUCGAAUGCAGGUAACAGUGGUUCUGGCGCAGACUCACAAGAAACAAAUACUACUACUCAGCCGAGCUCCGAGAACCCUACCACAGAAGCACCAACCGCCACUCCAUCUCCUGCACCCAACGCAGAUAUCAACACUAUUGCUUCCACAGUACAGAAGAAGACUAAUGCUGACAGCAGCAGUAUCAAUUCUGUGUGGGUGCGCACUGCAGCACCGCUGCUGAUUGUAGCUGUAUUCUUCUCCGCUACUGUGUACUGA